GGACAGCCAAGAGAUGCCACCUAAGACCAAAGAUAAAAGGGUGAAACGGGGUUCACAGAAGAAGAAAAAGGAAGCAGGUGUUGAGGUGGAGGCCGAGGCCAGGCUCAGGCGGGCAGUGCUGGAGCAGGAGCUGCUGCGGGACCAGCUGGCUUUGCGGAGGGAUGAAGCCCGCAGGGCCAAGGCUUCCGAAGAGCAGCUGAAGCAACGGCUGCACAGGCUGGAGGCAGAGCUGGACCAGGCCCGGAGCGAAGGGAAGGCCGUCUAUGCAGAGAUGAGCCGCCAGCGCCGGGCCCUACAGGAAAAGCUGGACACCCGCAGUGGGCAGCUGGAGGAGCAAGUGCGGGGCCUCCGGGAGCAGCUAGAGACAUGCCAGAGGGAGGCGGAAGCUGCACGGAAGGAGGCCGAGCAGGCCCUGGGAGAGCGGGAGCGGGCGCUGGCGCAGCUGCAGGCCCAUGUGGAGGACAUGGAGGCCAAGUACGAAGAGGUCCUGCAGGGAAACCUGGACCGGCUGCUGGCCAAGAUGCGUGCAGUCAGGCCUGAGUGGGACGGGGUCGCACAGAGGCUCCAUGCGCACCACAAGGAGCAGCUCCGCCAGUUUGGACUCAACCCCCUGGAUCUCUGA